AUGGGGAAGGUGCGUCUCUUCAAGACGCCUGAGUACUCCGUCAAGCAGCCGCCGGACCCCGUGGUCUGCAAGCCCCCCGCCAACGGGAUCCUGUGCGCCCCGUCGGCUUCCGGGAAGACGGUGCUCCUGGUGAGCAUGAUUUUGGAGCAAUAUCGGGGCUGCUUCGAGCGCAUCUACAUCUUCUCGCCCUCGGUGGAGGUCGAUUCUGCCUGGCAGCCCGUCAAGGAUUACAUCCGGGACGAGCUGGGGGUCAACACCGACCGGGAGCAGUGCUGGUGGGAGGACUGGGACGAGGGUGCGCUGCGGAAGAUCAUAUCGGACCAGAAGCGCAUCACGCAGAAGAGCAAGGAGCUGGGCCUCAAAAAACUAUACCAAGUAUUGAUAGUUUUGGAUGAUCAUGCCGACAACCCGGCCGUGCACCGCAAGACGGGCGACGGAGUCCUGGACACCCUGUUCAUUCGGGGCCGACAUUUCUGCAUAAACACCUGGGUGUCCACCCAAAAGCUUCGGCUCAUGAGCUCCGCCGUGCGAGUCAAUGUGAUGUUCUACUGCAUAGUGGGCAAGCUGCUGGGGGGAGGGCCCCUGUGCGAGAGCGAGUGCAGCAACAUUAGGUGCUGCAGCAGCACGCAGGGCAUCUACGACCCGAGCCGGAACUGGCCCCCGCCGGACAGGUCCCGGCAGGUCUCCGACGAGUCCACCGCCAGCGACUUCUCCGCCCGCCCCGCGCGGUUUUUCAGGCGCAAAAGAAAGCUCAUGACCUCCAUCUACGUGGACUCGCGCCUGCGCACGCAGGGCACAGACAGCAGCUUCUCGUUCGACAUCGGCGAGUCGGUGCACAUCCAGAGCGGGGCCAAGCUGGCCGUCUACAAGGUGCGCAUCGCCGACGCUUUUCUGAGCACCGACCGCGGGACCUUCCUGUACUGGGAGGACGAGGUGGCCGGCACCCUGCACUACGCCGAGCUCCCCGUGGGCGCAUACACAGGCCCAAGGCUAGCGGCGUGGAUCAGCUCCAACUUUGCCGCGUGCUCGUACACAGCCGAAACAAAUGAGCUGGACGUGACCUACGACGGUGUGCGCCUGAUCCUGAACGACGCCGAGCUCCGGCAGCGCUUUCCGGGCACGGGCUCCUACCCGCCGGGCGCCUCGCCCAGCAAGCCCCUGAGCAUCAAUCAUCUUUUGGGCCCCAGCUACCUCACGGGCUCCGUGCAGCGCUUCGUCUUCGUGACCAUGAAUCCGUUCUCAGAGUUGUACUUGCGCUGCCCUUCGCUGGCCAACGGGGAAACCACGGUCGGCCCGCUGGGGCACGACAUCUUGUGCAAGAUCGUGGUGUCCAAGGGCGUGGGCCAUGUCAUGGAGACCGAGACGUCGGAGGGGCACUGGGUGAACCUGCACGGGCCCAUCACGCUGAGGCAUUUGCGCUUCAAGCUCACCGACUACCAGGGCAAUGUGGUGGACACCAGAGGCCCGCCAGGCCCGACAGCUCUCCCGCGCCGACCGCUUCCACGAGCUCCUUCUCCGCAAUUCCAUGGACAUCUAAAGAAGAUGAUGCCCUUUCCGGAGCGGCGCAACGAGGCCGCGAUGCUGCGGGCCUUUCACGAGCAGUAUCCCUCCUACAACCUGACGCCACUGCUCUACAAGCGGCAACAGCAAUUGAUCGAUGCAAGAGCGUUCAACGAGUGGCUGGCCAACCGGCGGCAGCGCCAGGAGGGCGAGGCCUAUGCGGAUGACGUGGGGCGUGCAGUCGACGCCGUCAACAGGAGGAUCCCCCAGUUGAGGUGGGCCCCCGCCGAGCGGGCGGGCGUGCGCCGAGUUGCGCGGGACGUGGCCGCCGGGCGUCCUGGGCUCAUCGCCGAGGGCGAGCCCUUGCCUAUCAAUCUCCCGAACCGCAACGCAUCCAUCCUGACUUCCAGUCACUUCUGGCUGGACGACUAUCCCCAGAGCAGCGAGCCCGAGCCAGCCCCGCUGCCCCACACGACCGUGGACCCUGCAGCAGCCUACGAGGAUGCUUCGAAGGCUACGAUGGGGACCUCUACAACGCCGCGCGCAGGGCGCAACUGGAUCGACCGCAACCUGCGCAUCCCGCGCACGCCCGAGGGCCUAGCACCACCGCCUGAGGAGGUGGCCCCUCCGCAAAUCAUCGGCCGGCCCAGCGAAGUGGAGCCGCUGCUGGAGCGAGCGGGCCAGCGGGCCCAGGAGGUGGAGAGGACGGCAGCCCGAGACAUCGAGCAGUUCAUGAGCGAGCAGGUGGCCGAGGCCGAGGCCACGGAAGGUUUUGCGUCCACGGCGGAGGCGGCUGCAGGAGCUGCAGAAGCAGCAGCUGCAGAGGGGCCCGGAGCGCUUGCGCUGUUUGGCGAGGCAGCACUGGGCACCGCUGCGGGCAUGGGAGCAGCGGCGGGGGGGUUGGCCGUGGCCGGCGGGGCGGCCGCACUCGUGGGAACCGCAUGGGCACUGCACGGCGGCAUGGUGGCGGCGGAUCCAUCGGAGCAGAUCACCGAGAACCACAUGGCGACGACAUCAGAGGGUGACCACAGCAAGGAUCCAGCAGAGCAGAUUGCCGGGGACCACACAGCGACGACAUCAGAGGGCGACCACAACAAGGAUCCAGCAGAGCAGAUUGCCGGGGACCACACAGCGACCGCAUCAGAGGGUGACCACAGCAAGGAUCCAGCAGAGCAGAUCUCCGGGGACCACGCGGCGACCGCAUCAGAGGGCGACCACAGCAAGGAUCCAGCAGAGCACGUGGACCAGAUGGCGGCCGCAUUGGAAGAGCUCUACGACAAGGCUGCGAUGGAGACCGCUGAGCCCGCACCGGUGAUCAAGCAGGAGGAGGCCGAUGUUUCGGAAUCCGGCGUCCUGGCCCAGAUGCAGUCCUUGGAGCGGGCGGCGGAGCAGGGCGACGAGGGGGCCGUGGCCUUGUUGAGCUACCUCACGAGCAGAAACUCUGGUGCCCGCGCUCUCGGUGCCCUGGAAAGGAUGCUGAAGGCAUUCGGAAGGAGCUCCUGGUCCCAGAUCCCGUCCGAGUUUGUCAGCCAGCUCGUCGUCGAGAUCCUUUCAGAGGUUUUCGACGACGAUGAGGAGGAGGAGGAGCUGUCGCAGCGGCAGGAGCAGCAGCCGCAGAGCAGGGGGCCCGACUGGACCGAGAAAGCCAUCGAGGACGAGCUGGCUGCGGCGGACGCCCUGCAGCGCGACUUCAUCGAUGAGGAAACGAUCAGGGACGUGGAUGAGGACCAAGACGACCACUUGGACGAGGAAGUGGAGCCCAUCGCAGACGGCACGGCGGCGCAGAUCCUCUUCGACCGCGUGAACCCCACGGCUCUUUGUGCGCUGGCAAAGCGCGUCCUGAGCAAGGUCUUCCGGACGUGCGAAGGUGCCGGGCCGACGGUCAUGCGCAUCCUGGGCGACAUCUACGUGCAGUGCACCCGAGAAGAAGAUGAUGAAGGCUACGUGUCCGUGCCGAAGAAGAAGGCCAAGAAGGGCGAGGACGCGGCCGAUGAUGACGACUUCCCGCGGCCCCCUGGCCUUGUUGAUGCUCACACGUGCGCCAGCGUCUUCACUCAGCCUGCCUGGCUCCGGGAUGUGCUCCGCAGCGGGCUCCCGGACCACUUCGUGUUUGACCUGGAGAACUGCCACCUGGCCAUACUCCGGGAGCGCCACUCCCCCGCCGAAGACUCGGCCCUCGAGAUCUACUACAACCAGCGGGACAAGGUCCUCCAGGAGACCCACAAGGACCGCGCGGUCGCGAAGCAGCUGUUCAUCCAACUCGUCUACGGGGGCACCGUGGAUGCCUGGAAGUUUGCUCACGGGGUGACGGGGGAGUUUGGCACCGAGGCUCUGGCGCGCAAGUUCGCGCAGGAGAUGGCCGAGCUGCGACUGAAGGAUUGCGACAAGAAUCCCGAGCUCCUGGCGAAGCUGAAGAGGUCGCCCUGGGUGAAGCUCGAGGAGACGAUCAGAAAGGCGCUCGGCGGCUAUCGCUUCACCGUCAAGCCCACCCCGUCCGUGCAAGAGGCCAUGAAGAGAGCGGAGCAGGUCAUGAAAGGCGGCAGCCCGGGCCUCAAGCACCUCUUUGACAAGGUCGACGAGGGCUGGUUGGAUCACCACAAGCUGAUCCGGGACGCCUUCCACGGCAACCUGGCGCACCACGGGCUCUACGCGGAGGUCGUUCUUCGGUCCCCGGCCGUGUCCGAGAAGAUUCCCUACCCGCUGACGGCCAUCUUCAAGUUCAUCGAGGACACGGGGCACAAAGCAUGGUACUCCUGCACGAACAAGACCUGGGUGAUGACGGGCGACAGUGCACUCGACGUGCUGAAGAAGGCCGCCGAGAAGAUCUGCACGCGGGACCUCACCGACUACCACAGCGUGUGGAGCAACUCCGACGAGGGCACCUUCUUCCGCUGCAACCUCAGGUGGGAGUUCUCGGGGACCAGCUUCCAGAAUGGCGUCAAGGGCAGCCUGGGUGUGAGCUCGGAUGUCUUCGACGUCGACGGGGAUGGGUGCCGCAAGUACUUGAACUUCUGCGGCCGCGUGUUCAACGCGGAGACGCUCGAGUGGGCUGACAUGGAUCCGGCCAUGAAGAUCACCCGGAGCACGAAGUGGCGCCACCAGUGGCCGACGUGGUGGGAGACGGAUGCGUGCACAGAGCUCUUUGACACCCUGGCCGAGGUCAAGCGGCAGCAGGACUACCAGGAGGCCCGGAAGCUCGAGUAUGCCCUGAGCGAUGCGGUGAAGGAGAGGCUCGACAAGCUGUGCAAGGCGAUCCCCGCGCUCGAGAUCUUCUUCACGUGGACCAAGGAGUGGGAGUCCGCGAUCUUCGAGCUGAGCCUCGUGUGCAAGGGCGUCUUCGGCCAGACCCAGGCGGCGGCGCUGUGGACGCGCGGCGUGGGCCGCAACGGCAAGGACUCGCUCUGCAACGCGAUGUCCGCGGUCCUCGGCACCUACAGCGUCAGCGUCGCGGCCCAGACGCUCUCCAGGAUCCGCGACCCGUCGGCGCCGAGCCCCGCAUAUGCGCUGUGCAGGGCGCGCAGGUUCGUGGCCGUGAGGCAGAUCGAUCGCAGCGAGCCCCUCCGCCAGCAGCUCUACAAGGUCUUCACGGACCCCAAGUCGGAGAUGCAGGGGCGCGACGUCUACGAGAAGAUGGUGAUCUUCCGCCCGCAGUUCUUGAUCUUCUUCGCGAGCAACGAUCCGCCGGCCCUCGUCAACGACCUCGCGAACAGGGAGCGGACCAACAUCGUGGAGCACGUGAGCGUCUUCCACGAUGCCCCGGUGGAAGCGAACCACGUGCAGUGGCGGGACCUCGAGGCCAUGUUCGAGACCGUGGAGGGCAAGGCGGACUUCUUCGGGCUCUUCUUCGCGGUGUACAAGCAGCUCCUCUACAAGAACCCCCGACGCCGCAUCGGCCGGAUCCCGCCCAAAUGCCUGGCGUUCCUGGAGGAGGAGAUGCAGGACAAGGUGCUGGAUGCCGCCCGGCUCUUCCUGGCCACCAAGAUCGAGCGGGCACCGAAGGGCGGCGCUACGGUGAAAGAGGACGUGUACAAGGCCCUGGUGAACUUCAUCAAUGCCCACGCCCCGCGGGAUGAUGGCAAGGAUCGCGAGGACCUGCGGCCGGCGGAGCUCCUCAAGCAGCUGGGCGUGAUCGAGAGGCGAGGGAAAGCGCUGGGACUGAACUUUGGGACCCGGGAGACCGGCGAGAAGGACGAGCAGCCGUCCCUGGUUCGUUUGGUCGGCGGCAAUGAGCCGACGCAGUCGACCGCCGUAGGGAGCAGCAGUGCCUGA